GCGACGGCCCGGCGGGCGCGCAUCCGGCUGCCCGCGCGCGCGUGGGCUGAUCUGCCGCGCGCCCGCGGCCCGGUGCUGAUGCUGUGGCGGCUGCGCCGGCGGCCCUCGCUGCGACGCCCGAGGUGGCCACCUUGGCUGGUCUUGGGACGCUGCCUGCUGCUGGCGUCCGAGGCCCGCAUCGUGGCCGCGUUGUUUCUGCUCUUUGGUCGGCAUUUGCACCGUCGUGGCGAGUUCCUCCAGUGGGUCGCGCUCGCCAAGGUUGCGCUCCAGGACGCCAUCUCGGGAGCUCCCAGAAAGAGUACCGCCCCGUGCAGAGGGUGCUUCGGCGGUACCUCUUUGGGCUCCCUGCCGUCCUCCUCGCCUCCUUCCUGCUGA